ACUCUCUCCUUUACAAAAUCUGACUAUACAAGGACACAAAACAUCUCUCUCUCGUUUCAUCGGCCAUGGCGCUGCAACUAUGGGAGACUCUGAAAGAAGCCAUACACGCCUACACCGGUCUCUCUCCCACCGUAUUUUUCACCGUCUUGGCUUUGGCGCUUGCCUUCUACCACGUCGUCUCCGGCUGGUUUGCUUCACCGUUCGAUGACGUCCGGCGAAAUCAACGGCCGAGAUCUGCCGUGGAGGACGUGGAACCGCUUCCCCCGCCUGUGCAGGUCGGUGAGAUCAUGGAGGAGGAGCUCAAGCAGUAUGACGGCUCCGAUCCCAAGAAGCCCCUUCUCAUGGCCAUCAAAGGCCAGAUCUACGAUGUCUCCCAGAGCAGGAUGUUCUAUGGACCCGGUGGACCAUACGCAUUGUUUGCUGGCAAAGACGCGAGCCGAGCCCUUGCGAAAAUGUCGUUCGAGGAAAAAGAUUUGACUGGUGAUAUCUCGGGUCUCGGCCCAUUCGAGCUGGAGGCUCUUCAGGACUGGGAGUACAAGUUCAUGAGCAAGUAUGUCAAAGUGGGUUCUGUCAAGAAGAAUGGUCCAGAAGCUGAGACAGAUGCCGUAGCUGCUCCUGCAUCCGAAACCGUGGAAACUUCUGAUCUCGAUGGCCCCAAAAGCGUGCCCGAAACAACGACCAAUGAUGAGGAUGAUGUGAAGAAGGAAUAGAUUUCUUUCAUUUUUAUCAGACUCUGGCUUUCACUGUUUGGAACAGAAUCUUGAGUUGGUUCUCUUGUAAUAAGUACUCUGGAUGAUAGAUACUAUUUGCUUUGCCGCUUA